AUGGUAAAGACCCAUCAGGAGAGACCAGGCUCUAGUCUGCAGCCCUCCCCGGCUCUGAAGAGGGGGCGGAGCAGCAACCGGGACGACUCGAAAGAGGGGGGGCCAAGUACAAUUUGGAGAAAAGUGGGGAAGGGUGAAAAAAGAGAACAGGAGAGAGCAGACUCCCCUGUACCCAGCUGUGUGUCCAUGAAGAGUGACAGGUCUAUGGAUCUACCUUGUACAUUCAGAGAUGGACGCCCCUCUACUGAACAGAGAGACCACCAGGAGAGGUCAGAGGUUCUCAGUGGUCAGUCUGUCCAGGAGCAUCAAACAGACCUGGACUCCAUAUUUAUGCUGCUUGAGGAGAACCUUGUCACUUUUGUGAAGAAGGAGCUGAAGAGGUUCCAGAAGGUUCUGAGUUCAGAUUCCCCAGAGUGCUUAGAGAGACAGAGGGAAGAGGAAGAGGAGCAGAGGAGGAGCACCAGGGAGGCACUUCUGAAGAUCACACUGCACUUCCUGAGGAGUAUGAAGCAGGAGGAGCUGGCUGCCUCUCUGGAGAGCAAAAUUCUUGUUCCCAUGUGCCGGAGUAACCUCAAAGCAGCUCUGAAGGAGAAGUUUCAGUGUUUGUUUGAGGGCGUCGCUAAACCAGGAGAGUCAACACUUCUGAAUCAGAUCUACACAGAGCUCUACAUCACAAAGGGAGGCAGUGGAGAGGCCAAUAAUGAACAUGAGGUCAGGCAGAUUGAAACAGCAUCCAGGAAACCAGCGAGACCAGAAACAACGAUCAAAUGUGAAGACAUCUUUAAACCCUUACCUGGACAAGAUAAACCAAUCAGAACAUUGAUGACAAAGGGAGUGGCUGGCAUCGGGAAAACAGUCUUAACACAGAAGUUCACUCUGGACUGGGCUGAAGACAAAACCAACCACAAUAUACACUUCACAUUUCCAUUCACGUUCAGAGAGCUGAACGUGCUGAAAGAUAAAAAGUUCAGCUUGGUGGGACUUCUUCAUCACUUCUUUAUCGAAACCAAGAAAGCAGGAAUCUGCAGCUUUGACGAGUUCCAAGUUGUGUUCAUCUUUGACGGUCUGGAUGAGUGUCGACUUCCUCUGGACUUCCAGAACAAUGAGAUCUGGACUGAUGUCACAAAGUCCACCUCAGUGGAUGUGCUGCUGACAAACCUCAUCAAGGGGAAACUGCUUCCAUCUGCUCGCCUCUGGAUAACCACACGGCCUGCAGCAGCCAAUCAGAUCCCUUCUGAGUGGGUUGACAUGGUGACAGAGGUGAGAGGGUUCACUGAUCCACAGAAGGAGGAGUACUUCAGGAAGAGAUUCAGAGAUGAGGAGCAAGCCAGAAGAAUCAUCUCACACGUCAAGACAUCACGAAGCCUCCACAUCAUGUGUCACAUCCCAGUCUUCUGUUGGAUCACUGCUACAGUUCUGGAUCACGUGUUGAGAACAGAUGAGAGAGGAGAGAUGCCCAAGACCCUGACUGAGAUGUACAUCCACUUCCUGGUGGUUCAGUCCAUCCAGGGGAAUGUGAAGUAUCAUGGGAGAUCGGAAACAGAGCCACACUGGAAUACAGACAGCAGGAAGAUGAUUGAAUGUCUGGGGAAACUGGCCUUUGAACAGCUGGAGAAAGGCAACCUGAUCUUCUAUGAAGCAGACCUGACAGAGUGUGGCAUUGAUAUCAAAGCAGCCUCAGUGUACUCAGGAGUGUUCACACAGAUCUUUAUAGAGGAGUGUGGGCUCUACCAGGACAAGGUCUUCUGCUUUGUCCAUCUGAGCAUUCAGGAGUUUCUGGCUGCUCUUUAUGUCUUUCUCUCAUUCAUCAAAACUGGAGUCAAUCUGCUGUCAGCAACACAGUCAACCUCCUGUAGGUCUAAACCACUUGGAGAUAAACGUAAAAAACCAGACCUUUACCAGACAGCAGUGGACAAGGCCUUAGAGAGUCCAAACGGACAUCUGGACUUGUUCCUGCGCUUCCUCCUGGGCCUCUCACUGGAAUCCAAUCAGAAUCUCCUACGAGGCCUGCUGGGAAAGACAGGAAGUAUGUCAAAGGCCAAUCAGAAAACAGUCCUGUACAUCCAGGAGAAGAUCAGUGAUGAUCUCUCUCCAGAGAGAAGCAUCAAUCUGUUCCACUGUCUGAAUGAACUGAAUGACCAUUCUCUAGUGGAGGAGAUCCAACGGUACCUGACAUCAGGAAGACUCCCCAAACGCCGACUCUCUCCUGCACAGUGGUCAGCUCUGGUCUUCAUCUUAUUGUCUUCAGAAAAGGAGCUGGAGGUGUUUGACCUGAAGAAAUACUCUGCUUCAGAGGAGGGUCUUCUGAGGCUGCUGCCAGUGGUCAAAGCCUCCAGUACAGCUCUGUUGAGUUCCUGUAAUCUGUCAGAGAGGAGCUGUGAAGUUGUGUCCUCAGUCCUCAGCUCCUCCUCCUCUAGUGUGAGAGAGCUGGACCUGAGUAACAAUGAUCUGCAGGAUUCAGGAGUCAAGCUGCUCUCUGCUGGACUGGGGAGUCCACAAUGUAGACUGGAAACUCUCAGGUUGUCGGGCUGUCUGGUCUCAGAGGAAGGUGUUUCUUCUCUGCUCUCAGCUCUGAGCUCCAACCCGUCCCAUCUGAGAGAGCUGGACCUGAGCUACAACCAGCCAGGAGACUCAGGAGGGAAGCUGCUCUCUGCUAGACUGGAGGAUCCACACUGGAGACUGGACUCUCUCAGGCUGGACCAUGCUGGAGUGUGCAGGUUGGAGCCGGGUCUGAGGAAGUAUGCCUGUGAACUCACACUGGACCCAAACACAGCACACAGACGCCUCCUUCUGUCUGAGGACAACAGAAAGGUGACAUGGGUGAUGGCGGAGCAGUCGUAUCUUGAUCAUCCAGACAGAUUUGACUCCUGGACACAGGUUCUAUGUAGAGGGAGUCUGACUGACCGCUGUUACAUGGAGGUACAGUGGGAAGGACUUGUUCAUAUAGGAGUGACUUACAGAGGAAUCACAAGGAGAGGAGGAGGUGAUGACUGUCUUCUUGGAUAUAAUGAAAAGUCCUGGGCUCUGUACUGUGAUAGUGGUAGAUACGCUGCCUAUCAUAAUUAUAGAGUAACAGAGAUAAGUAUCUCCCCCUCCUCUGACAGAGUAGGAGUGUAUCUGGACCGGUCUGCUGGAACUCUGUCCUUCUACAGAGUCUCCUCUGACACACUGACACACCUCCACACCUUCACCUCCACAUUCACUGAACCUCUCCAUGUUGGGUUUUGGGUGGUGUCACAUGGCUCCUCAGUGCGUGUGUGUGUGGGUUAGAUUGAGGAGGUAGAGACGCCUCCUGUGUCCUAGAGGAACACUCACACUCCUGCCCAAACACACCUGCUGACAUGAUAGAUCACUCUGUACACACACACACACACACACACACACACACACACACACACACACACACACACAAACAGGUGUAGUUGGAUCAGAUCUGUUUGUGUUAUGUGGAAUAUUAAAUCAAUGAGUUUUUUUGAGCAGGUAGAACCAAGUUAUUAAAGUUAUACAAGUCACUUUUAAUCCUGCAGCUUUUACAUUAUUCUUACAAUAGAAUACGUAAAGUGGAAUAGAAUAGAAUCAUGUUGUUUUUCUAAAGGCGCUUCAUCAUAAUAAAUAGCUGGUAAUACUUUUCCUUUGGCAUGUUAUUACUCUCAUCACUGCAAUAUAAACAUCUACUUUCAUUUCUACUGUUGCGGAUGAGAAGGUUUAUAGAUGAGGACAUGUGGUAGCUGGAAGUGUGCACCUCUUCCAGAACACUUUGGAAGGAACUAAAUAUUUUUAUUAUGUCUAAAGUCUGUAAUACUUUUACCUUUAAUGGGAACAUGUAUUGUUUGGUUUCCAUGACACGAAUAUUGAAAGUAAAAAUAAGUUUUAUUCAAUAAAUCUUUUUUUUAUUUUGUGCAAAAUGUCACAUCCAUAAAAGCAAAUGUUUAAAUAAUAAGCCAUUCUUUCCUGCUGUAAGUAUAGAAAUUGAGAACUAUAUAUGUAACCCUGUGGUUAAAUUAUAGGCCUUAGAUAUAUUACUGCACUACUAGAUAAGAGUUUGGCCUGUUUGUUAUUUUGUUUACCUUUUGAAUAUGAAUAUAUUAUAUUGUUGAUAUUGUUCUGCAAAACAGUUGUUUACCAAUGUGAAAUGCAUUUACUUUUAUUAUUGAAAACUUACCAUUGUUGUGAUUGGUUGGCUGUGGAGAGAAUAACUUACCUUGAAUGUGAUUGGUUUGCUGUGGAGAGAAUAACUUACCUUGAAUGUGAUUGGUUGAGAGAGCAGCGGGGAACGUCAGAGCGAGCAGACUGAACGGGGAGAGAAAGUAGGUCUCUUGUCCCUUGUGUGAGCCAAACGGAGCAGUGUGAUGUCGAGUUGUUUUAUGCUAUUUUGCGGGGAGAGAAAUGUCAUUUAAGUUUAGUGAACAGUGACGUGUGCGGGUGUCUGACCGAGACCCAUCCCGGGAACUGUUUGUGUGGACUGGGGAGACAAACGGACUACUCGUCAGUCCCAUAUGUGGACCCAGCGACGUUACGGAGCGAGCUAGCCAGUCGGUGUUCGUUGCUAGCACAACAAGACGGGCGAAUGGACGGGAUGCGGUGAGGGGCUCUCCCCACAGUGAGUCGGGCCGUCUUCUAGUUUAGCGAAGUAACGUUAUCAGUUACAGUGUAGUGGUGGGUUCAUGCGACUAUCGAGGAACGCAGAAGGAGUCGUCUGUUGCCGUGUUGUGCUGCCGAGGCGAGCGCACGGUUCUACCGUGAGAUGGUGCUAACGGCUAACUAGCCAGUUAGCUAGGAUGGCUGCCGGCCUGACGUUCGCUGCUGCGCUGCGGCGGGAAGCGCGAGACGAAGAGGAGCAUUCUUUGUGAGUACAAGCUGGAUGUGCGGGCUCCCAAGGGGAGCAAAGAGGGCUGGUUAGGGUCCCAACGUACCCGAUAAAGAAACAGGCCUGCAACUGGGGGGUUGACUUUCUUUUAUUUUUAUUGCCGGCUUAUUUAUAGGGUUGUUGAGCUGUAUGCUAAUGUGUUGGUCUGAUUCAUUUGUGUGUAUAUGAAUGCAGAUGCUUGUUAGCCAUUGAGGCUUAUUAGUUUAAUUCAUUCUAAUAAUUAUUACUCAUAGUACAUUUGUAUAUAUAAUUCUA